CCUGCCCCUCCCAGCCCCUCUCUCAGAGACAAUUUCAUGGGAGGCCCAGUAGCCUCAGCUCCAUUAGAAACAUUGGUUCCCCAUCGCAGCAGUCAGCCCUGGAGAUGCAGCUGCAUAAGACACAGUGAGAGCCUGAUGAAAAAGCAAGGAGGAAACUUGAGGCCAAAGAGAGGGUGAGGCAGAAACUGAGAGGAAGACAGACAGACAGAACCAACCAACGGACAAGAAAGCUGCAUACAGCUUGGCUUGGAAGCCCCUUGUGGCCAGCAGAACCCAGUAUCCAGACCGAGAUGGUGCAGCUGCUGCUGUUACUCUUCUGUCUCCAUUUCUGGCCAUGGAUUGGGAGCUCUGCUCAAGAGCUGGACCCUAAUGGGAAGAAUGUGUGCAAGGCUACCAGCCUCUCUGCAGGUCUGGUAUGCUGCCCAGGUUGGAAACAGGAAGGCAGGGAAUGCACAGCUGCGCUAUGUGAAAGGGAGGAUGCUUGCAAGGUGGAUGAAGUGUGUGUGAGACCUGGGAUCUGCCUCUGCAAACCUGGUUUCUUUGGAGCCAACUGCAACUCCCGCUGCCCUGACCAGUACUGGGGCUCGGACUGCAAGAAGAGCUGUUCAUGCCAUCCCAAUGGGAAGUGUGACCCUGUAAGCGGCCAGUGCACUUGCAAUGCCAACCGCUGGGGAGUACUCUGCGAGUUCCCAUGCCAGUGUGCACCUCAUGGCCACUGCAACCCCCAUUCUGGAGCCUGUCACUGUGAGCCAGGCUGGUGGGGACCCAACUGCAAGAAGCAGUGUCUGUGCAGGGUGACCGGCUCCCGCUGUGACCCUGUCACAGGGCAGUGCGUCUGCACCCAGGGCUGGUGGGGCAGGAGAUGCAGCUUUAGAUGCACCUGCCACCUCUCACCCUGUGCCCAAGACUCAGGCAAGUGUGAGUGCAGGGCUGGGUUUUGGGGGCCAUUGUGCCAACAUCAUUGUGACUGCCUGCAUGGGAACUGCAACCCUCUUGAUGGGCAUUGCAGCUGCAACCCUGGCUAUCAGGGCAGGAGCUGUGGGGAUCCCUGUCCUGCUGGUUAUUACGGAUCUCAGUGCAGAUACAGCUGUGGGCACUGCAAGCGGAGCCAGCCCUGCUCUCCUGUGGAUGGGUUCUGCCUGGCAUGUGACUCUGGCUGGAACGGUACCCUCUGUAAGAAGCUGUGCACGCCUGGAUACCAUGGGGAGAACUGUGCACAGAUGUGUCCCAGCUGCCGAAAAGGGGAGACCUGUCAUCCAGAGACAGGGGCUUGCUUGAACUGUGACCCUGGCAAGACAGGACCCAGCUGUGAAGCAUCCUGCCCUGCUGGAACAUUUGGAGAUGGAUGCCAGUUCACCUGUCCAGACUGUGUUAAUGGGAGCUGUGAUCCGGUUUCUGGGGAGUGUAUCUGCCAGGCUGGCUACUGGGGCACCAGCUGCAAUGAGACUUGCCCAGAGGGUUUGUUUGGAGCGAACUGUUCUUCCUUCUGCCAAUGUCCAAGGGGCCCCUGCCACCCACACUCUGGGGACUGUGUGCUCAGAUUAAAGCACCAGGGAGCCCUGAUAGCUGGCAUUCUCAUCCCAUUACUCCUCCUAUUACUCUGUGUCACCUGCUGUUGCUGUUGCUGUGGAACCAGCCAGCUGGAUGCCAGAGACAGGAUGGCUGUUGCUGAUGGUGAUGCGAUCUCCAGAAUGAAACAUCAUGUGCAGGGGGUGCUGGCAAAUCUCAGCUCCAUGUUACCUUGCUUCUCACUGAGUGGCUACAAACUCCCCCGAGUCACAGUCUCCCACCAUGACACAGAGAUUCCCUUCAAUCCCAGCUUCAUUGAACCUCCUUCUGCUGCCUGGGCCUCAGACAGCUCCUUCUCCUCCUCCUUUGACACUGACGAUGAGGACCCAGCCUACUGUGUCCCUGCCAGAGAAGAUGUUCCUGCAGUGGCAGGCUUUGAGCUUCAGGAAGGCAGCUCCAAGUGUCAUGAAUUUCCUGACGCAUCAGCAUUUAACUCCGAGGACGUCUCCCAGCCUUUCACCAUCCCCCGCACAUCCAGCAUUGCCAGAGCCAAGAGGCCCUCAGUGUCUUUUGCAGAAGGAACUAAAUUUGGCCCUCAGUGUCAAAGAGGCUCCAUGGAGACACCAAAUACCACUCGGAAGCCCAAAGCCGCCUGUGGUCUCACUAAACUUCCCCCUCGCCAGCACCUUGCUGACCCAGAGGAGGGGCCCCAGCAGGGUGGGUCGCCAGGUGACUGUUACGAAAACCCAGAGCCCAUCUCCGAGGCUGAGGCUAGCCACCGGCCCUCCCCCAGGGGUACCCCAGGAGGCCACAGGAUGGCAGUGUCCAGUGGCAGACAUGUGGCCCAGAGAGUCGAGGCCCUUGAGGCAGCUUUGAAUCCAAACACUUUGGAUGUUAGGGGGAAGGAGCAGAAUCUCACAACCAUUUAUGUGACUGUGGGGACAGCAGGGAAAUCCUCCAAGCCCAAUGAGAGUGCCAAUGGAAGCAGAGAGGGGACAGUUCAGGCUGUACUGAAACGUUUGGGUAGCUUCCAGAGAGUAAAAAGGGCUGUCAGGGAGGAGCCCAUGGUGAGGAAAAGUACUGAGAGCAUCCAGAAACCUCCCCGCAGGGCCCUGAGCCCAGAGAGGGACUCCAGAGACAUGUUCCCCGAGCCAGCCCCUCCACACAAGGAGAGCUCCAAGACGACAGGUCUGGAGCCCUAUGAGUCACCUGAGCUCCUCACAGAUAGACACCAGAUAGAUGUUCCUGUGAAGAGAGAACCUCUCAUCCCCACAUCUCCUAUAUUUAAAAGACAAGUGGCUCAGGAAGGAGAAGAUGGGGUCACAGGGGACUCCAAGAACAGUGAAAGUCUUGAAGAGGCCAGAAGCCUAGAAACAAAUGAACAGGCUGUUGUUGAGGAGGAACCCAAAUAUGAAAAUGUGUCUCCAAAUUGCUAUCCUUCAGACGAGUCUCCUGCCAUCUCUCCUGACUGUGAGGCCAACACCUGAAACCCACCCAGGACCCAAAUCCUGCCUCUUUUUCAGAACUGUGACAGUCAUCACGAUGUAGUUGUGGCCACAGGGGGCAGUGUACCUUGCAGGGCAGGCCACGAGUUAUUGAAGAGUGCUAGUUCUGCAACAUGUCUGGUAUUAGAGGGAACCCAGAAUUUCAUCUCCCAGACAUGCCACAUGAACUAGAUUAUUGUCUAGCGUUACCAUUAAAUCUGUGUGUGUCCUGCAGGGUCAGGUUCUGCAUUGCAUGUUAAUGUUCAAAUGAGGCAACUUGCUGUGAGUAGCAAUGUUACCUAAUGGGGCCACCGAGAUGCCCUCUUGAGUUCCAUGUUCGUCUUGCCAUGAAUCAUUACCAAGGAGGGACUGUGCUGCGGGCAAGUCAGUUCAGGCACCUCCAAUACAAGUAGAUUAGUCAGAAGAAGUGACUGUACCUGGCAGCAUGUUAUUUGGUGACUGUGCUUUUAGCUUGCUGGGCUGACCAAUAAGACAAGGUUAUGUUUUAGGAAAAUACCAUCCAUGUGAGGUUCAGGAGUCUAAAUUACAGCGGAGUAACAGAGACAGCCAAUGCACGUGAGGUGUCACGCUCCUUGACAGGUUACCUCUCCUUUGAGUCAGGUACUUAUAUGGGCAUGUCACCGGGGGGCACUCACCACUAGUGAUGCCUCUUUCUGGCCGUCCUGGGAAUUGGCUCUGACCAGUCACUAUGCCCUCCUCCAUCCUCUUGCUGUCUGCCACGCAAGGGGCUCCCUCUUCAUGACUUGGCCCUCCAGCCGAGUCACCAUGUGUGUUCUCCUUUCCAGGGGGUGCGUAUCAAAGUUCCUCCAUAUGAAAUGGCAGUCUUCCCUUUACUGCUGAAACCGUGCCACUCCUCCAGUGGCUGGUAGGGGGACCCGGGCCCUCCCUCUACUCUGGUUCCCGGCUCAGGUGCCCUCUCAUUGGCAGCCAGUCUGACCUACCCCAUAACUUGUGGCUUUUUCCAUGAGCCUUGUCUACCUCUCUGCGUUCGCCAGCCCAAACUCCCUGCUCGAGUAACUGUAAGGUACUUGCCUCUAGCCCCAGACACACCUCCCCCAGGGAGUGACUGCAAACCCCUUCCCUGCAUACCCCUUUCUGCUGCCAAUUUCAUGGCUGUAUAGCUCCAACCCAGCUCCUUCCUCCUCAGCUGGCCGGCCUCAUUCAGUCUGGGGAUUGCUUAGCAACCUGACCCCUCAGUUGUGGCUUGUUGGGUUACACAGGGAGUCUGUGGCAGAUCCAGGGCUUGAACCUAUGUCUUAAAACCAGUCUUCCUACCCUUACCGAUUACAGGGGUCUCUUCAAAUUCUUGCCAGGCUCCAAAACCAGAUCUGCAAGGACAGUCUUGCCUGCAGCCUCCCAUUGUUCUUGGUAGAAAACAGAGGGAUCAGUGAUCCCUGCCCCACUCCCAACUCUCCUUGUCAGGCAACACACUGAGCAGAGCAGACUUUAUGCACAAGCAAAGAAAGUGUCUGCUUGGGACUUGGCAGCUCCCAGGCCAGCACUAUCUCCCUCCCUUGCAGGAGGAAAUAGCACACUGCUAGCUCCUGCCAUCAAUAUGCUUAUGAGGGCAGGGAGCAGUGGCUUGGCUCCCUAUUCAGGGAGCUCACAGACAGAGACUGACUGGUGCUGAGGGUGCCAUGGUCGUCAUUGCCCAUCUAGUCCAUGGGACCCCUGCAGAGAGCAGCACCCACACCUCCCUCCCUGACUAUUGUCAGUUGCUCCCCACAGGGGACUCUUUCUGACUCAGCAGCACUGAUAGGACCAGCUGAAAAUCCUAAAAUUAAAAGCAGUGCCAGUGGGGAAGUGGGACAGAAAGACAGCCCUGCAACCAGUUCCCACCGCUGAGCUCAGACUGCCAUGUCACAAAGGAGCUGGGACUGGACUGAACAUCCCCAGAUGGAGAGCAUGACUGGGGCUGUGAGCAUAAAAGCUCCAGGGACUUGGGAGAAUGUUUCCAGAGAGCAGCCUUCUGUGGGGCACUUGGGUGACAUAUGAAUGAUUCUGGGACAGAGAAUAUCUGGGUUUGUGCAAAUUUAUCAGACUACUUUGGCUUACGAGGAAGGAUCUAAACAUAUUAAUUUCUACAGCUGCAGUCAAUGUAUGAAAAGGUCCAUGCUAUAAUGUAGAGUUUAUGUGCGGGUUUCCAAUAUACCAAGAAACCUGCACUGACCUGCAACUGUGAAGGAACCUUAGAGCAAAUGUAGUGGUCUGAGUCUGACAGGAUUUGUAAAUUUAGUGCUGAAGGAAAAUAUUUUAUUUUUCCUGACUCGCAUGAAGAGUUCAUGUAGAAAGCAGCAUUGCCAAAGUUUCUCCAAAUCAUUAACUUAUAUCCAAUGGUGAAAUUGUAAUUUCAAUUCCCUUAAUUACAGCUUUAAACCAUACACUGUCAACAAAUGCCUCAAACGUGACACCAUUACACCUGGGCAAUGAGGUAGUCCCGCUUGGGUGGACAGGACCAGCCCUGUGCACUCAACAGGCGACAAACAAGGUGAGAUGGAAUGAGGCAAUCCUCAGUGCUAAGGGAGCUAAGAGUGGAUCAGAAAACAGUUUAUUUGAUUCUCUGAGUAACGAGAUUUGGUGUUAGACACCUUGAGAAAUACUUGAAACUGGUUGUAAUUCAAGAAGCCAAGUCUAAAGAGCAUUUAUAGCACUGAGCUGAGUUUGGGUUGAUUUGUCUGAUGUGGUUCUUGUAUGUUUUCUUGUGUUAAUCUGAGUGAUGUGGAGGCCUCUGAAUGUAAACAGUUCUUAAUUAAGCCUAAAAUGAGCUCAGUUCCACAAAAACAAAGACAUGCCCAAAAAUAGUCUCAGAGAUUUAGGGUGACUCAGCUCUGCUGUCCUGUGCAUUGUUUCAGCUUCUGGUUUGUUUAAUUCUGAAAUUUAAUGUAUAAAUCUGAACAUGCAGAAACAACAAUAGCAGUAAAAACAGAGCUGUGAGAGAGGGACAGGUUGGGAAUGUCUCAGCAUGAGUAAAUUGCCAUCCGUACCUCAUUUAUUAAUCCUUAAACUGAUCUCAGUGAUCUGAAAGUCAUUGAUUUUGUCUUUGGACCUUCAAGGUUAAAAUGCUUUCAAAUAGUCAAAGUUUGCGGAACAGAUUUGGUCAGAGAUUUUAGUUGUUUUUCUUUCUAGUAGAACAUCUCCAAACAGGAGGGUACUUGUGUGCCUUGGAUCCAUUAUUUCCUCAUUGGUGGUUUAGGAAAAUUCCACAUCAGGGUGUUUCAGUUUUGAAACUAAUAGUUGUAUUUGUUUAAAGUGCCUUUGCCAUAUGCCCUGUAGUCUGCUUGACAAGAAUUGUAGCCACAUCAUCUAGUGUUUGUGGAGGUAGAAUUUAAUGCUGUAAUGUCAUUCCAGUAGAAUCCUAGAUUUGCACAUGCCCCAUGUGAUCAAGUCCCUUUUUGAUACAUUAUUGGCUUCUGUUUUUAAGGUAUUUUUAUUACAAUGGCAGAAAUGUAUCAGAAUAAGCUCUAUAUGCAGACAUUUUUCUAAUCAGAAUGGGAUAUUUAUAUCCAGUGAGCGGAGUUAUGUUUUUACUGUGAUGCCAGAAAUUAAUCUCAUGUGACCUAAAUCACUGCAGGUACUGUGUUUACAAAGUAGCUGCCAGCAAUUAGACUGUCUUUCCUGUCAAGCAGACAACUAUCAAGCUUGAAAAGAUCUUCACCAUGAUAGGAAUGUGUUCUGUGUUCAAGGAUCUAAUUUGCUAAUCCUGGUGUUUCCCAGAUAAGAGGCAAGGACACAGAGGUAUUGUGUCCCCUCUUGCUCAUGUCUCAACAGCACAGGUGGAGAGGAGAGAGGUAGAUUUUCUGUGCACACUUUCCAUAUUCUUUCUAAAGAUAGUUCUAAUGUCAUUUUGCCAGUGCUUGUAAGCUGCAUGUAGGAGACCUAUGGCCUAGAACCCAUGAAUGGGCAGUACUAGUUCCUUAUGUGCCUCCUUUUUGUUAUUCUGGCUCUGAUCCUACAAAUUCCAUCAACAGGUUUUUUUUUAGUGAUAAUCAGUCAGUGACAAGUAGCUACCCAGAUAAACAAAGCUGUGUUGGUGUUCUCUGCUAUUGGAGCAAUUGAAAGGUUUUUUAUUUGGUUGGCAUUACAGUGAUAACUUUAACAGAGUGAGGGACAAAAGGAGGCACAAAAGGAGCAAAGAUGAGUUGCAUCUUGGGCCUGGCCUUUCUUAGGAUAACCCUCCAGUGAAUUCAUCUCCUUUCGUGCAGGCACUCAGCUACUAUGGUGAUGAGCGUGGUAGGAAAAUGUACUAGACAGAAUUAUUUUUCUGUGUUCACACUGGUUACAAAACACCAGGGAUCUUGAUUUCAGUGCAUUAUCCUCCUGCGUUCUUCUUUCCAUCAGUGACAGCAGCCUCUGAGCCAGAGGUGGGCAAACUAUGGCCCAGGAGCCACAUCCGGCCCUCCAGAUGUUUUAAUCUGGUCCUCAAGCUCCCACCGGGAAGCGGGGUCUGGGGCAUGCCCCACUCCGCAUGGCUCCUGGAAGCAGCAGCACGUCCCCACUGUGGCUGCUACGCGUAGGGGCAGCCAGGGGGCUCUGCAUACUGCC